GCGGCGCUGAUUGGCUGAGCCGCGGUUUGGCGCCAGCUUCGGAGCGGGCGACGGGCACCGGUUGGGGUCAAAACGCUGCGGCGGCCGCGCUGACGGCAGGGACGGGACGGCUGCGCUUCCAAUUCCCGUUCCCACUCCAAUGGAUCCUACCCCGAGCGUCUCUCACCGCCGCCGCCUCCUGCUUGUCUCGCCGGCGUCCCCCGCUUCGCCCGCCGUGGUUAAGGCGCUCUUUCAGGAUGAGCUCUCGCCUGUCUCCGAUCUCCGCCUCACCAUGGAGCAGCUGGGGCGCGGGCAACAAGAAAACCUAGACCAAGACAUGGGAAGCAAAAAUGGAUUACAUAGAUCAGCGUCUUCGGAGUCCACAGACUCAGGUUUGGCUUUGGAUUCUCCCGGCCCUGCGACCUCAUGUGACACCCUGGAGGACACGUUUGAGAAAGCAAUCAAAUCCAGCAGGCUGAACCUUCGAAUCCCUUUCAGAAGAAUCCAUUCCCUGCCACAAAGCCUGCUGGGCUCCAGCCCUGCUCUGAAGAGAAACCACUCUGACUCUCUGGACACUGAUGCUUUCCAGCCUUUGGAACAGGAUGAAAAUAAGGAAAAUGAAUCAUUUGAGUUUAAGAAGCCAACCAAACCGGCUUCUCGUGCCUUCCGUGAUGGAAGGGGUGUUCCUGGAGCCAGGCAGAAUUCAUCUCCAGCUCAGCUGCCCAUGGAGGAAACAGCCUCGGGGGAUCAGCAGAACUGCAGGGCAGCCUUCCUGCAGCAGCAUUCCCUGCCCUCCUCGGAGAGCGAGGAUGAUGAUGGAUUCCUGGAGCUGCUGGAUGACCAGGACUUGAAGAACGACGAGGAGAUGCCCUCGGACGUGUCCAGCCUCUGGACGGCGCCGCUGGUCAUGAGGAGAGCGGACAGUCGGGCCAAGCGGUGCCGCUUGUUUGGCUCUUCGUCCAUGUCAAGCAUUGCAGGAAGAACCACCCAGAAAAGGAUGGAGAGAUCCCAGGAGGAGAAUUCUCCAGGGAAAAGCAAGAAGAGGAAAAGCCUGCCUGGAACUUCUGAGGACUCGACGAGUCUGAAGCUGGUGAGGACCCAGCCCUCCACAGCAGAGAUCGAGAGCAUUUUGGACAGUGACCAGCGAGACCUUAUCGGGGACUUCUCCAAGAGUUAUUUAUUUGACACUGUCGAUGGGAAACAUCAAGAUUUAAAAUACAUCGACUCAGAAAUGAUUGUGUCUGUGCUGACUGGGAAGUUUGAGAGCUUCAUCAAGCAGUGUGUGAUAAUUGACUGUAGAUACCCCUAUGAGUACGAAGGGGGGCACAUCAAGGGUGCCAUAAACCUCCACAUGGAAGAGGAGGUGGAAAAUUUCCUGCUGAAGAAGCCGAUCCAGCCGUCGGAGAACAAGCGCAUCAUCGUGGUGUUCCACUGCGAGUUCUCCUCGGAGCGGGGCCCUCGCAUGUGCCGGUUUGUGAGGGAGCAGGACAGGCUGAGCAAUGAGUACCCCAACCUGCACUACCCAGAGCUCUACGUGCUCAAGGGGGGCUACAAGGAUUUCUUCUCUCGGUGCCAGAGCUUCUGCGAGCCCCAGAGCUACCGUCCCAUGCACCACAAGGACUUCAAGGAAGACCUGAAGAGGUUCCGCACCAAGAGCCGGACCUGGGCCGGGGAGAAGAGCAAGAGGGAGAUGUACAGUCGGCUCAAGAAGCUCUGAGGGCUGCAGGGGCCUGCAAGGACUGCCCAGCCUGGUGGCUGCGGUGGGGCAGCCACGCGUUCCUGUGCUCCCACUGCCCUGGGCCGUCUCCUCCCUGGGAUCGCCUGGACCUUGGCCCCACGCGCCGGACGCCGGCUGGGAGCUGCCUCGGGAUUCUUUUGGUUUCGUUGCUUCGUGAAAAUGUUGUGGCUUCUUGUGUUGUGUGGCACCCCCCCAGAUGGCUCAGAGAGGGUGGGGACGGCCUCGUGGGGCUGGGCCCGGUGGUGUCAGCACUGCCAGGGAAUUGUAGUGCCUGUUCAUGUUUUAAAUGCUUAAUUUUAUUUAAAUACAGUCAAAUGAAGCCAAUGCCGCUGCGGUUGGAUCAUCUGGAUUGUACUUAAACCUUUGUUUCUGCUGCAGGGUGACCUGCUGGGGGGAGUUGGGGGUUCGUUGUUUUUCUCAGACGCAGUUUUGGUUCUGUGUAUCUUGGUGGGGAAGGAAAAUGGGAAAUUCCCCGUGAUGGCUCGAGAUUUCCCGCCUGGGCAAGCGCUGUGGGAAGCCUUGGGAGCCCAUCGAAGGGGAAACUGCUUAUUGUUCAUAAACAUCACGUUCACCUCGUUUACUUACUCCAGGCUGUUUUAUUUCCUAGUUUAUCUUUGUUGGUUCUGGAGGAGUUGGUGUUUCAGUGGAGGGAGAGUUUUUGAGAGGGAGCUGAGGGGGUUCAGCAGUUGGGUGAUGCCAGGGUUCUCAGCAGUGUCACUGCUGACUCUGAGCCUGUGAGUUGUUCUCUGUAUCCUGAACCGCUGCCAGAGCAGAUCCUGGCUGUGAGGGAUCCCGGGAAGCUGCUCUGACACUGCUUCCCUGGGUGUGGCUGUGCCACUUCUCCGUUUGCCGGGAAAGGCAGGAGGUGGAAUUAAUCCAUGAGGGAAGCAAAACUUCCUCAGCUCUGUUGGACCCCCCCAGCUGAGGAAGUUCUGCAGUUCCCAAACUGCUUUGCUGCUGGUUUUGGGGUCACUUCAACCCCAACUCUUAAAUCAAUGUUCCUCCCACCAACUUCCAGGUGAAAACUGGCGCUCACGGGAAGCUCCACGUGCCUGGGAACUUCGUGGUUCACUCUGUUGUAUCCAUGUCAAAAAGUACUGAAAUGGAGAUGCCUUAUGUGGAAUGUUAGCUUGCUUUUUUUUUUUUUUUUUUUUUUUUUUUUGGAAACCUAUUCCUUAAAACCUGCUGUUAAUCCUUUUACUCCCAAGAGGAUUAAACUUGGAAUUAUUUCUUGUUUA